AUGUUUGGAGUUGUGAGAGGUACGCUCAGUCGUUCAGUCACCAGGUCCAUGGGCUUUCAGACUGCCUUAAUGGCCAUGGCAAUUUAUGACAUCUCGCCGUCCGCCCGACAACACGGAAAAACCCCCUUUUCUGCUGGGGUCAUGACCGACGAGCGUCAUGGUCACCUCGAGCUUGUAUCAGGGGCAUGUGUCAGAGAGUGA